AUCGACUUAAAAUGUCACAAAAUCAUCCAAGAGACUCACAGUGGCUUCAACUUGACGUUUGCCUUGACUUUUUAGUCGGAAAGUGUGGAAAGUUGGGCGAUUGUCAAUUCGCACAUCCAAUGACUCACGUCGAUGUUGUGGAUAAUAAAGUUAUGGCUUGCUAUGACAGCUUCAAGGGUCGAUGUCGACGUGUUACGCCACCAUGCAAAUAUUAUCAUCCAACACCGCCUUUAACGGAAGUUUUAGUUCAGCGUGGCAAAAAUCACAUUGCAAUGAAGAAUUCAAUCCAAUUUCCGCAACUUAUAAGUGAUGUUAGUGCCAUGCAGCAGCAACAACAAUUUGUAGAAGUUCCGACAACUUCAAAAAGUCAAAAAAUUGAAAUUGGAAGUAAAAGAAGUGCAAAUGUUGUGAAUAAUGAACUUCCUAUUGAGAUGAUGUACUUUAAAAGACCAACAUUAGGACCAGCUACGAUGGCUAUGCCAAUGAUUCAAGUGCCAUUCAUACCGCAACCUGUUUAUCAGCCAUCAAUGCCAGUUGUGCCAACUGAUCCUAAUGGGGCUAUUCCGCUAAAUGCUCCGUUCGUUACGUACACCGAUAUUAAUGGACAGAUUUUGGAUAACUUGCCAGUGUGUCAGGACUUUAACCGAAAUAUGUGUACGAGAAUAAAUUGUAAAUUUGUUCAUCUUUUGGAUCCAAAGAAGCUAGAAAUUCAUGAGCAUCGAGUUGCAGUUUGUCGUGAUCAUGCAAAUGGAAUUUGCCGCCGUCAGCAAUGCAAAUAUUAUCACAUACCAAUUCAACUACCACCAGCAACUCAUAUGCUGUCAUCUAUUCAUGGUCCAUGAAAUUGGAUGUACGGAUCGACUAUCUACACGGUCGAUUAAUGAAAUUCAUUCAUUUUAAACUAAAAUAGAUUCAGAAUUAUAAAUAAAGUUCAAAGUUAUCUUGAA